AUGAAGGAUGCGUUCCACCCCACACGCGACGUCACUGCGUCUUCGUUUGGCCUUGAGCCGCACUACUCGGACGUGGUCCCACUUUUGCGCUCCAGGGCCCUAGAGCGCGGAUUAGGUCCUCCGCGCCUCCUUGGACCAGUCAGUAUGAGGCGGCGGGGUGUGGUUUACGGGGUGGUGUGUGGGCGGUUGUCCUUCGGUGCACUUAGCGGCGCUUUGUUUUUUUUCGAGCGUAGCUCGAUUCAGACUACACCGGGUCUGCUGUGGAAACCUUUCGAUUUUGUUUGGUCUCUUCGUAAGCCUUGGGUUAUAUGUCGGUGGAUCGGGCCCGAUGGUAAGGUUGUCUCGCACGUCGUCGGCGCUGACACGUCAUUCAUCAGGAAGUCUUGCAUUUUUUGUUAUGCGUUUUUCGUUAAGCGUGUUCGUCGGUGGCGAUGGGUGCGAUGUCGAGUUGUAUUGUUCGCUGAUCUUGCGGCGCGCUCAGUUUGUAGUUGCUCUGUCCCAGUGUCGCUCUGCCAUGAUCUCGAGACGGAUGCGAUAUCGCCUUGUAUAUGUGGCAACCAUGUGUAG